UCAGCAACUUAUAGCAGGACUGCGGACUGUGGCGGGCAUUCUGACACUGGGGGGAACUGACUUGGUGUCACUGACAUCCCCAGUAACACCAAUACAGUGAUCAGUGCUAAAAAAAAAGCACUGACACUGUACUAAUGACACUUGGCAGGAAGGGUUAACAUGAGGGACGAUCAAAGAGUUAACUAUGUCCUGGUUAACUGUGUGCUGUGUGCGUGCUUUACACUGUAAGCACACUGUUUUGUAUAGCUCUGCUAUGCAGAGCCAUACAAAGCAGUGUGCAGGAGCUGACAGGGGAGAGCUCUGUAUUGUUUAUACACAGGUCUCUACUCCGCUUGUGAUGCUCGGCAAUCCCUGGAUGUCGAUGGGGAAU